CUCCCUCUUAGAUAACCUCACCUGAUUUCCUGUAAAUGAAGAGGGGGAGGAGCAGAUCAGGUGCAUGAGAACAGGAAGAGUAGAGUCAGCUGAGACUCCAUUUAGUGUGAAGAGAACAGAGCAGGAGGAGGAAACUGAAGGCUGAGGCAGGACUGACUUCAGAUCAGAAGAUGAGUGAUUUGGAGGAAGAGGAGGACGGAGCAGAGUCUGUAGUAUCUGGCUGUCAGUCUAUGAAGAGUGACUGGUCCAAAGAUGAACCUCCAUUCUUCAGUGCUGAACCUGGACCCUCAGACACAAAACUGACUUCAGGUCAGAAGAUGAGUGAUUUGGAGGAAGAGGAGGACGGAGCAGAGUCUGUAGUAUCUGGCUGUCAGUCUAUGAAGAGUGACCGGUCCAAUCAUCAACCUCUAGACUUAGGUGCUGAACCUGGACCCUCAGACACAAAUAUUGAUAAUAAAAACUAUCACCAGAUUGUAAACUUUUCUUAUUUUGGUCUUUCACCUUUGUCCUUUUUUCUAGAGAUCAGUGGUCAGCAUAAACAUAAACAUAAGAUCAGAGUGAAGAGGACAUAUGAACGUGUGACUGAAGGAGCUGAUCAAACAGGAAGUGGAACCCCCCUCAACAGGAUCUUCACUGCGCUCUACAUCACAGAUGAACUGAGUGAAGAAGUUAAUACCCAACAUGAGGUGAGGCAGCUCGAGACAGCUUCCAAGAUGAAGACCCUCCAUGACUCUCCAAUCAAGUGCAGCGACAUCUUUAAAGCCUUACCUGACCAACAGAAACACAUCAGAGUCGUUAUGAUGAUCGGCGUCGCUGGUGUUGGAAAAACCGUCUCAGUGCAGAAGUUCUGUCUGGACUGGGCCGAGGGUUUGGAAAACCAAGAUGUGGAUCUGGUGAUUCCUCUUUCCUUCAGGGAGCUGAACUUGAUCAAAGAUGAGCAGUACAGUCUUCUGGAGUUCCUCCGUGUUUUCCAUCCAUCAUUACAGGAGGUCACAGCAGAGCAGCUCGCUGGCUCUAAAGUUCUCUUCAUCUUUGACGGCCUGGAUGAAAGCAGACUUUCACUGGAUUUCAACAAGAGGAAGGUUGUUUCUGAUGUCACACAGAAGUCAUCAGUCAACGUGCUGUUGACCAACCUCAUCCAGGGGAAGCUGCUUCCCUCGGCUCUCGUCUGGAUAACUUCCCGACCUGCAGCAGCCAAUCAGAUCCCUCCUGCGUGUGUUGACAGGGUAACAGAAGUACGAGGCUUCACUGACGACCAGAAGGAGGAGUACUUCAGGAAGAGAGUCAGUGAUAAAAAGCGGUCCAGCAGAAUCAUCUCCCACAUCAAGACAUCCAGGAGCCUCCACAUCAUGUGUCUGAUCCCAGUCUUCUGCUGGAUCACUGCUACAGUUCUGGACCACAUGUUGACUACAGACCAGAGAGGAGAGCUGCCCAAGACCCUGACUGACAUGUACUCACACUUCCUGCUGGUUCAGACAAAGAGGAAGAAGCACAAGUAUGCUGAGGGACAUGAGACGAGUCCACAGGAGCUGACGGAGGCUGACAGGGAAGUUCUUCUGAAGCUGGGGAGGCUGGCGUUUGAACAGCUGAAGAAAGGAAACAUCAUGUUCUACCAAGAAGACCUGGAGCGCUGUGGUCUGGAUGUCACAGAGGCCUCGCUGUACUCAGGAGUUUGUUCAGAGAUCUUCAAAAGAGAGAGUGUGAUCUUCCAGAAAACAGUCUACUGCUUCGUUCAUCUGAGUGUUCAGGAGUUUCUGGCUGCAGUCUACCUGUUCCACUGUUACACCAACAGGAACACACAGGUACUCAAGGACUUCCUGGGGAAAGGCUGGGACUGUGACAACAGUGACCUGAAAGAUCGCAAUGAUGGUGACAGUGAACAGGACUUCCUGGAACCAGACUUCAAGCAUAGGGACUCAAACGUCUCAAAAAACCCCGUCCCAAAGUCUUUUCUCAAGAAGAUUUUUAAGUCUUUUGGAAAGAAAGAUAGCCAUGAUGAAAGUGACAAUGACCAUUACCCAUCCCUGGAUGUCUUCCUGAAGAGAGCCAUGGAGAAAUCCCUUGAGAGUAAAAAUGGCCACCUGGACCUGUUUGUCCGCUUCCUUCAUGGCCUCUCUCUGAAGUCCAACCAGAGACUCUUAGGAGGCCUGCUGGGUCAGACAGACAACAGUCCAGAAAUCAUCCAGAGAGCCAUCAACAACCUGAAGGAGAUGAACUGUGAUGGGAUCUCUCCUGACAGAAGCAUCAACAUCUUCCACUGUCUGACGGAGCUGAACGACCACUCAGUCCAUCAGGAGAUCCAAGAGUUCCUGAAGUCAAAAAAGAGAUCAGAGAAGAAACUCUCUGAGAUCCACUGCUCAGCUCUGUCCUACAUGCUGCAGAUAUCAGAGGAGGUUCUGGAUGAGUUGGACCUGAGUCAGUACAACACAUCAGAUGAGGGAAAACUGAGACUGAUUCCAGCUGUGAGGAACUGCAGAAAGGCUCGAUUGAGGAGAUGCAGUCUGUCAGAGAUCAGCUGUUCUUCUCUGGUCUCAGCUCUGAAGUCCAACCCCUCCCAUCUGAGAGAGCUGAACCUGGGGGGCAACUACAACCUGAAGGAUUCAGGAGUGAAGCAGCUGUGUGCUGGAUUGGAGAGUCCAAACUGUAGACUGGAGACUCUGAGGUCAGUUCAUCUAUUUUAUUCUUGUACAGUGUAAAUCUGUCAAAAUUAA